UUUGUGAUAAUGUCGGCAGAUUAUGAAGGGAGACCCAGAGACAAUGGCCCCGAGGGCAUGGAGCCAGAUGGAGUCAUUGAGAGUAACUGGGAUGAGAUCGUGGACAGCUUUGAUGACAUGAACCUGCGUGAGACUCUGCUCAGGGGAAUCUAUGCUUAUGGUUUUGAGAAGCCCUCUGCCAUCCAGCAAAGGGCUAUCCUCCCUUGCAUCAAGGGAUAUGAUGUCAUUGCUCAGGCCCAGUCGGGCACAGGCAAGACUGCCACUUUUGCCAUCUCCAUCCUGCAGCAGAUUGACAUAGAGCUGAAGGGCACUCAAGCUUUGGUCCUGGCGCCCACCCGUGAACUGGCUCAGCAGAUCCAGAAAGUGAUUCUGGCUCUUGGAGACUACAUGGGUGCGACAUGCCAUGCCUGUAUUGGUGGAACCAAUGUGCGCAAUGAGGUUCAAAAACUGCAGGCUGAAGCACCGCAUAUUGUAGUAGGAACUCCUGGUCGUGUCUACGACAUGCUUAACCGGAAGUUCCUCUCUUCUAAGUACAUUAAAAUGUUUGUGCUGGAUGAAGCAGAUGAGAUGCUGAGUCGUGGUUUUAAGGACCAGAUCUAUGAGAUUUUUCAGAAACUCAGUACUAGCAUACAAGUGGUGCUGCUGUCAGCUACCAUGCCUGCAGAGGUGUUGGAUGUCACAACUAAGUUUAUGCGUGAACCAGUGCGCAUCCUGGUGAAGAAAGAAGAGCUCACCCUUGAGGGUAUCCGUCAGUUCUACAUCAACGUUGAAAAGGAGGAAUGGAAGCUGGACACUCUGUGUGAUCUCUACGAGACUCUGACCAUCACUCAGGCUGUGAUCUUCAUCAACACGCGCCGGAAAGUAGACUGGCUCACAGAAAAGAUGCAUGCCAGGGACUUCACUGUCUCAGCUCUGCAUGGAGACAUGGACCAAAAGGACCGUGACCUGAUCAUGAGGGAGUUUCGCUCUGGUUCUAGCCGUGUCCUUAUUACCACAGAUCUGCUGGCCAGAGGUAUUGAUGUCCAGCAGGUGUCUUUGGUGAUCAACUAUGACUUGCCAACGAACCGUGAGAAUUACAUUCAUAGGAUUGGUCGAGGAGGCCGUUUUGGCAGGAAGGGUGUGGCCAUCAACAUGGUGACCGAAGAUGACAAGCGCACUCUGAGGGACAUUGAGACCUUCUACAACACCACCGUAGAAGAGAUGCCGAUGAAUGUGGCUGAUUUGAUCUAGAGCCUGAGAUCUAGAAACACCCCCUCUCUCCACCCCCCCACAAUCCCUAUAUCUUAAAUAAAGCACUUCUAGCUGGAGUAGGGCACAUGUAACUCCCUGCUCUUCCUCAAUUGCAAGUCAGUCGUUUUCAUCUUCCCCAAAAUUGAUCAAAUUUUAUAAAUCUCAGAUGCUGAAUGUACAUCUCUCUCUAUCUCCAUCAACUAUCGUCAUAAACGUGUUGAAAUAUGGGCUCAAAGCAGCAUGUUUUGUCACUGCUCUUAAAUAUUCAUUCUGGGCUCAAUUUUUAGUUUGAAAUCAUAAGAUGUUUUUGGGUGGGUAACUGGACUGCAGUUCCUGUUUUCCGGCUUCUGCGCAUUGAUGUUUUUUUUAGAGCACACCUCAUGUUGCUAAUGUACUCAAGCCAUGUGGUAAAAGUGUGCAAGCUUUUAAACCGUUAUGAAACGCUUUGGUAAGAUUUGAUUCAUCUCUUUCAGAUUUAGCUACUGGGACUAUAAAAAUCCAAGUAGUUUGUGUACUUGCUGUACUGUUUGCUGUAAAACUGUGCCAGAGCCAUUUAAUCACCCUUGAGAGGUGUAUAUAAGAUGGAAGAUGUCUGAGAGAAGGCAUUUAGAAUCGAAACCUUUGGAAGGCGUUAUUCAGAUGGCUUUUGACUGAAGGUGGUACUAUAAUGUGAUGGAAAUGUCAUAUUACAACAUUAUUGGUUUAUUUUUUACAUUUAAGUUAUUUUGUAAAUUGAUUUUGGUUUUGGAGGAGGGGGAAAUUUCAAUAAAGCUACAGCCUACCUUGUCAAA